AAAUAAAGUAAAUAAUAAAAAAACGCGAAAACCACAGCAAACAGAAUAACGGAUACACACAUAUCAUUCCACUUCCGCGUCCUUCCCUCUUUCUCCUCCUUCAAAUCUCUCUCUUCCAUUUUUCCUGAUUCACUGAUUAAUUGCACACCAUUUCAUCGAUUCAUUGUGUACCAUCUAAUUCACCGGAGAAUGAGCGGCGGCGGUGGAGGAGAAAGCUCGUUGGGAUCACCAUCAAUGGACGGCGUACCACCGUCGGCAGUAGUGGCAUCAAUUCCGUCGAGCAAAGUAGUGGAGAAGCAGAAGGAGAAGGAUAAAGCUAGGGUAAGCAAAACGUCGGCAAUUCUAUGGCACGCUCAUCAAAACGACGCCGUGGCGGUAAAGAAGCUUCUUGAAGAAGAUCCUAGCCUUGUGAAUGCUAGGGAUUACGAUAAUCGAACUCCUCUUCAUGUUGCAUCGCUUCAUGGUUGGAUCGAGGUAGCUAAGUGUUUGAUUGAUUAUGGCGCUGAUGUCAACGCUCAAGAUCGCUGGAAGAACACCCCGCUAGCUGACGCAGAAGGUGCAAAAAAACAUGGAAUGCUUGAGCUUUUGAAAACAUAUGGCGGUUUAUCUUAUGGACAAAAUGGGAGCCAUUUUGAACCAAAAGCUGUUCCCCCGCCUUUGCCGAACAAGUGUGACUGGGAAAUUGACCCUACUGAGCUGGACUUUUCAAACUCAGCAAUAAUUGGAAAGGGAUCAUUUGGUGAGAUUCUGAAAGCCUACUGGCGAGGAACCCCAGUUGCAGUCAAGCGCAUACUUCCAUCACUUUCAGAUGAUAGACUAGUCAUCCAGGAUUUUAGGCAUGAAGUCAUUUUGCUAGUGAAGCUUCGUCAUCCUAACAUUGUUCAAUUCCUUGGAGCUGUUACUGAGAAAAAGCCUUUAAUGUUGAUCACCGAGUACUUGCGAGGGGGUGAUCUACAUCAGUACCUUAAAGAAAAGGGAGCUCUUAGUCCAUCAACAGCUAUAAAUUUUGCAUUGGACAUUGCAAGAGGAAUGGCUUAUCUUCAUAAUGAACCUAAUGUGAUAAUCCACCGAGAUUUAAAGCCAAGGAACGUUCUCUUAGUCAACUCUAAUGCUGACCAUUUAAAAGUUGGAGACUUUGGACUAAGCAAGCUCAUCAGGGUUCAACAUGCCCAUGAUGUGUACAAAUUGACUGGGGAGACUGGAAGCUACCGUUAUAUGGCUCCAGAAGUAUUUAAGCACCGGAAAUAUGACAAAAAGGUUGAUGUUUUCUCCUUCGGAAUGAUAUUGUAUGAGAUGAUUGAGGGAGAGCCUCCCUUGGCAAGUUAUGAACCAUAUGAGGCAGCAAGAUAUGUGGCUGAAGGACAUAGACCGACAAUUAGGUCCAAAAGUUUCGUCCCAGAUUUGAGAGAGUUAACUGAACAAUGUUGGGCUGCUGACAUGAACCAGAGGCCUACUUUUCUGGAGAUUCUUAAGAAACUCGAGAAAAUUAAGGACAAUCUUCCGGCAGAACAUCACUGGCAUUUCUUUUCUGGAUAACAAAAACAACUGUUGAUUCAUUCAUCCAUUGUCCAUAUGGUGUUAGUCCAUUGUUCACUUGAAGGGUGGUACACCGUACACCUGUUUGUUAGCCUCGAUUAUUUUUAAAUUGAAUCAUUAGCAUGUCAGAUUUUGGCGAACACAAACUUGUUCAAACAUCAUAUAGGCUUCUGGUUUAAAAUCAUUCUGAAUGUUGGGUGGGCUUAUUAUGUGACUGGUCGUGUAUCUUUUUAAGAGCUCAAUUUUUUUUUAUUAUAUCUGUAUAUUGUAUCACAAUAUUCAUGUUCAACACUUUGUAGUUUUUCCCUUUGACCUUUUCUCUUUUUCUUUUACACUUUGUAAAUGACAACUGCCUUCUUUGGUAGAUUUUGAGAAGAUAAAGUUACCAGCUAUAAGAGUGUGUUGUGUUA